AUGGCCGCGCUCGACCUCGAGCGAGCGAUUGGUUUCAACGGCGGCGCCGAUUCGCCACUGCACGCGCUCGGUGACGGCGGCACAGGCUAUGCGCACGCCUCCGGUGCUUGCGUGGUGCUCUCCGACCUCGCCGACCCGUCGCGGCAGCACUUUCUGCGCGGCCACUCGGAGGACGUCAGCUGCCUCGCGGUGUCCAGCUCGGGAAGGUACGCCGCUUCGGGGCAGAACGGGGGCGAGCCGGACGUGCUGGUGUGGGACCUGUCAACGCAGACGCUCGUCUAUCGUCUGCAGGCACUGUCCUCCCGUGAGCACGACCACGGGGUGCAGCUGGUGUGCUUCUCAGACGACGAGCGCUUUCUCCUCACGGUUGGCGUGAAGAAGGACGGCAAGAUGGUGGCGUGGGACCUCGUCUCUGGUUGCAUCGUCGCGAGCGCUCUCGCCGGCAAAAACAACGCGGCUGCCACCUGCGCCUGCUGGGGCGGGCGCAAGAAGGACGUCAAGCGGCGUGACACGAUGCAGCUCCAGCUGGCCACCGGCGGCGAGGGCUUCCUCAAGUACUGGACCCUCGAUCCGGCGGGCGGGUCCCUCUCGUCGGAGGAGGCGACCACGGCCGUCUCGCGGCACGUCACCGCGCUCGCCUUUUCGCACGAGCGCGAGUACCUGUACGCGGGGUCGUCGUCGGGCGACUUCGUCACGAUCCUCCGCCUGCUCGUCGCGGGCGGCGACGGCUCCUGCACGGUGUGGCAGGGAGACGGGCGCGUCGCUCGCGCCUAA